AUUGAUCAGGAACUUACAAACUGAGGAAGAGAAAAACAAUGCUAUUUUCUAAGAAUUUAAAACUCAUUAUACUGGAAACCUAUAUAUCAUUAUAUCUAAAAGAUGCAUACGUGACAGCAAAGCCAAUUAGAAACAAUGGUAGAUGCCCAUUCAAUGAGUCGGAAUGGAAGGAGGCAGCUGAUAAAAUGUUUUGUCAGGGAUCGGAUUCAUAUCACUGUUUUUUAACUGAGGACGGAGUCUCCGUAAAGGAAAGUUGCAUAGAGAAGACCUUGAUUUUAAACGGGCAAUGUCCUAUUUUUACCGAUGAGGGAUAUCUACACUGGGCGCCCUGUAAUGGCACGGCUUGUCCCAACUCAUCUUACAGAAGUGAUGAAGUAUACAAAUAUCGCGUCUGCUUUGGAAAUACUGACAGUCCAAUGAUUAAGGAUUCUGAACUGAGCGAUGAUAUCGAUAAUUCCAAUGCCUCAACAUACGCCAUAGUUGGGGUUGUUUCCCUGGCGGUUGUAGUUGCAGUCAUUCUAGUGAUUUAUUUCAAGUCUGGUCUGUGUAAUAAACACCAAGAGCAAGAUGAAGAUGUUGAAAAUGGCGUCAACGUAUUGAAAAGAUUGAAUAUUCUAUAUGUACUUGGCCAGCUAGGAAAUUCUGUUUCUACAGUAGGAAAGAGAAUAGCAGAUGGGUGUGCCAAGACGCAUACAUUUAAAGUUAGAUACUUGAAUUACUUGGAUCUUUCUGCUGAUUAUGAGUUCUCUGAUAACACCGUGUACUUUGUUGAUGGCUGGUUCGGAUUAUGGAAUGAUAAUCCAUGUGAAAGAUCUCUGGUUAAAGAAAAUCUAAAGUCAAUAAUUCAGGAGAAGAAUAACAAUAAAAAUAUAAAGUUUGUUGUUGGUCUGCGAUCUGAAGUAAAGCAUUCAUACCAACAUUUCUUUGAAGAAAAUGGAGUUAAGUUUGCUCCUUCUGAGACUAUUCGACGAGAUACAUCGUCCAAACAAAGAGAACAAGAAAUCAAAAAACACCUCCAGAGAGUACAAAGAAAAUGUCAUGGUACCGAUUGUAAAUGCCAAGCAUUAUCAGUAAACAAGCUUUUGUCGAUUGACUAUAUUGGAACGCAUCUUACAAUUAGGCUAGUAGAUCUAGACCAUUCUUUAGCAGCCGCAAUGAUUGACGAAAAGAAAGGGCCAGUGGUCGCCAUGACAGAGCAUUUCGAGUCGUUAAAAGCUAACGACAAAGAUUUAUUUGACUGUAUUUUUUUCUUGGUUCUAAAUGGAUUUUAUGAUGAACAAAACUUAAAACAGGAAAUAGCAGAACAAACCUCCUUUUCUAAAGAAAAAAUGGAUAAUAAGAAAAAAAUAAUGGAGAAAUACACAAAAACAAUUUGCCCUAAAAAUAUAGAUACUAGUAUAUCACAAACACAACUUGCUACCAUGUGGUCAUCUAAGAUGAACAAGGAAGUGAUAAAAACAACCACCUUUAUGGUUUUCUGGCACAAUUUCCUAUAUAUUUGUGCUUUCCAUGCUUGCUACAACUCGUUCCCAGAUAAGGUGAUGCAGUAUUGUAACAUUGACGCCAUAUUGCAAUUAGUCCGUCCAGUCAACCAUGAGCCGAAGUCGACUUUUACGGUAGAAGCAGAUGUUAAUAUGAUAUCUUUAUUUGAGAAAAGAAUAAAAGGGACUAACUUAGAAAGCCAUGUGAAGGACCAUCCUCUUCUGAGGUAUCUAGAAGAAAAGAAUAUACACUACAUAUUUAUUCAAGCUUUGUCUGAACAACCAAGUCUAAGGGAGCUUUGUCCUAGAGAUAUUGCCAUAGAUCCUAAAUAUGUUUGGACUUAUGGCUCAGUGUGUCUACAACUCUCCAUGGACAAGCACGACUGGCCGCACGCGCGAGAGCGCUGCCAGCGCCACGGCGGGGACCUCGUGCAGAUAAGAAGUGCGGACAUGCAGGGCUCUAUCAUAGAGAAGAUACGACAGUCACAUAGUCACAUCAAGACCGGGUUCUGGAUUGGGGCCUCGGACCAGCACCAUGAAGGACUCUGGCAAUGGGUAUCAGGUGAUAAGACAAUGACCUAUGAUAACUGGAGCCCGCAUCAGGGUCCUCACCAGACAGGGUUUCUACUCAUUCACGGAGGGAGUACAGAGGAUUGUGGGUUAAUGAAAGUCGGCGACAAUUAUAUGUGGCACGACUAUCCUUGUCACAGCGGCAUAGCCUUCUUUUAUCCUUAUAUUUGUCAGUUUGGUAAGUCACAAUCUUGCAGUAUUUUAUGCUUAUGUAAUGCACUUGUUUCAAUAUUCGAUCACUUGUUUCAUUCUUUAAUAAAACUUUACCUAGAUAUCCCCAAAACUACCUCCUCAAUAAAAAUAACAGCAAAAACAACGUUACCCAUAACAACGAAAUCAACGACAGUAACUAAAGCAACAACAAUUAAAGAAAUGACUACCUCAACCCCGAAACCAACAUCAUGGAAAACCAGACGCACCUCAUUAAACUCAACUACGUCAACAAGAACUACUGGCACUGCAUCAACACCACCAACAUCAACUAGAUCAACACUACAACAUUCCACAAUACUCUCCAUACUCACGUCAAAGUCUCAGGUAUCCGGGAUUACCGCGGAGAGCAGUAUGUUAGUGAGCAAGACAACACUAACAGCUAACAACAGACCCAUUACAGAUGAGUGGGAGGCUCUAAUUACAGCAAAAAGUCCACAAGACCAGAGGACAACGACAAAUAAAGAAGAAAGCCCUGUAGACGGCGUUAUAAUCAUAGGCUGAUAGAAAAUUUAGUCAAUUUAUUUAAUUUAAUAUACAAUAAGUAAUGCAUUAACCUUUGUGUUUGCCCCUUUUUCUCUUUUGUUAAUGUUCCUUUAUAUUUAUCAGUUAUUAUAUUAAUUGAUAACAUAAAUGUAUUUUUUUUCCUUUUUAGCAUUAUUAUUGACUUUUGUGAAUUUAAUCGAAAGAUUUAUCAGUUUUGGGUAUUAAAAUUCUUUUAUGUUACUGUAUAAUUGAUUUCUGACUUCCUUUGAUAAUAAAUUAUCAACUAAGCAGAUUUGUAAAUGUUCAUAUCAACCGUAAUCAGUGCAACAAUUGUUUCGUUGCUGGCCUCUAAACAUAUAGGACAACUUCAGUAAUCUUCUUGGUUUCCAUUUGUGCAUUUUUUUUUCAAGUAGAUGAUUGAUAUAUGUAUGAUACUUUAAAAAAAGAAACAAUGAUUUAUAAACAGCC